GGUCUCUCCGUGUGGGGUUGGAGGACUGUAGCUAAAGCUUCACGACGCAAGGCCUUUCACUCGGAGCCAAAAGCAAUCAGUUUUGUGGGCUGUGGAGGCAACUUUUUUGUUCGCCGCUAGUACACGCCUUUGAAGAUGGGGAGCAGCGGUAUAAAGCUGGCAAUCGCGAAGAACGCAGCAGCAUCUUUGCAACAUGGAGCUCACGGUUUUGGCGUUGCUCAUAGUCGCGGCGGCUUACAAUCUUGCAGAAGGUGCGACGAGGAUUGGAUUCUACGACGGCUCGUGCCCUCGAGUGGAAGCCAUCGUCAAGUCCACAGUGAGAUCACACAUGAGCUCCAAUCCUAUGAUUGGAGCAGGCGUUCUUCGCUUGCAUUUCCACGACUGCUUUGUCCGAGGCUGUGAUGGCUCCAUUCUCAUCGACGGCCCGAGCGCGGAGAAAGCGGCGCUGGCCAACCUCGGCCUCCGGGGCUUCGAAGUUAUAGACGAUGCGAAGCGGCAGAUCGAGGCAGCGUGUCCGGGAGUUGUGUCGUGCGCCGACAUUCUUGCGCUCGCUGCCAGGGACGCGGUCUCAGAGAGUGGAGGACAGUUCUGGCCAGUUCCUCUGGGCCGACGGGACGGAAGAGUUUCCUCUGCCUCGGACGCAUCAAACAUGCCCUCGCCACUCGACUCGGUCGCGGUGCUCAAGCAAAAGUUCUCGGCCAAAGGACUCACAACUCUGGAUCUCGCAACUCUCAGUGGUGCUCACACGAUCGGCCAGACCGACUGCCGCUUUUUCAGCUACCGCCUCUACAACUUCUCGUCCACCGGCAAGCCGGAUCCAUCCAUGAGCCAGAGCACUCUCGCUAUGCUCCAGCAGCAGUGUCCCAGGGGUGACGCGGGGCUCAACAAGGUGGCGCUGGACACGGGCAGCCAGGGCUCGUUCGACAGCAGCUACUUCAAGAACUUGCGGAAUGGUGGCGGGGUGCUGGAGUCGGACCAGCGCCUCAUGGACGACACCGGGGCGCGCAUCACGGUGACGGCGUUUGGAGUGGCCGGGGUGACGUUCCGGGCGGGGUUCGUGGCGUCCAUGCUCCGGAUGAGCGACAUACAGGUGCUCACUGGGAGUGAUGGAGAGAUUAGAAGAGCUUGCAAUGCAGUGAAUUGAAUGGAAAAAUCUAGCAAAAGUUUGUGAGAAAGCUCAAAAGCAAUGAGACAUGGCUGGAGCUCAUCUACCUGGACAUGUACAACAGACAGUGUUUACUGGUAA